CUGUUGCUUUCAUUUUUGUUAUAAUUAACAUCCUAACCUCUUCAUUUAUUCUUCUAUGUAUCUUUCUGCAAGAAAACGACCCAGCCUACAUAAAUAAGUAUUACUCACUAGAUACGAAAGGGCUUCAUUUUCUUGCAAAAGUUACUAAUCUACGAAGGGUGUUGUUGCAUUAUUAAUUAACAAGUACGAAAAUGAAGUUCGGAAAGGAAUUUUCGAGCCAAAUGGUGCCGGAAUGGCAAGAAGCAUACAUGAACUAUAAUUUUCUGAAGACCCUUUUGAAAGAUAUCCACGAUUUCAAGCAUAAAAACAAGCCUCCGGCAGCCCUGCCGACGGGGCUUAAGAGGAGGCCGACCCUUUACAGAUCUUUUAGUGGUCUCAUACACAGACAAUUCAGCACGCGCCAGUACUCGCCGGGCACCAGCCCCGACAUCGAAAGCCAAACCAUUCUGAUUAACUCCACUAGAGAAGAUGGCUCCCAUGGUUACCAUACUACCUUUCUUAGGACAGCAGAGGAAGGAGGAGAGUACGAGCUGGUAUACUUCCGGAGGCUGGACGAGGAGUUCAACAAAGUGGACCGGUUUUACAAGUCCAAAGUGGACGAGGUGAUGAAGGAAGCUUCAAUGCUUAACAAGCAAAUGGAUGCUUUGAUUGCUUUUCGAAUUAAAGUUGAGAAUCCGCCAGGCUGGUUCGACAGAUCUGUGGAGAUGACUCGUCUGGCUACUGAUAUUGCUUCUUCAACUGCAGUUUUGGCGUCCACCACUCCUAGUAACAUUCGAGCAAGCAGACGAGUUGAUUUCAUGGACAAAAUCGAAGAGGGAGGGUCAAAUAACCCCGAGGAGCAAUCUGAAGAAACGAGUGGAGAUGACGAUAAAGAUGAGAAUGAGAUAGAGAAGAAGAGUGAAAGUAAUGCGAGCCAAAGUGUUGAAGUUCAGCUGCCAAGGAGUGACAGGAGAGCUAGACCAGCUCCAUUGGAAAUUCUGGAUCGCGUAACCAUGAAUCACACACAGGAGACUCCUCGUUCCACCAUUAAAAACUUUCUUAAAGUUCCUAAGCAGACAGAGCUGACUUUCAACAGGGAGAAUCUUACGAGAGUUGAAGAACAACUUAAGAAAGCUUUCGUUGAGUUUUACCAGAAGCUUAGGCUUCUAAAGAGCUUUAGCUUCUUGAAUACCUUGGCAUUCUCAAAGAUCAUGAAGAAGUAUGAUAAGAUUACUUCAAGAGAUGCAUCAAAAGCUUACAUGAGAAUGGUGGACAACUCAUACCUCGGCAGCUCUGAUGACAUUACCAAGCUUAUGGAAAGGGUUGAAGCUACAUAUAUCAAACAUUUCUCCAAUGCAAACCGCAGUAAAGGCAUGUCCAUCUUAAGGCCAAAAGCAAAAAGAGAAACACAUAGAACAACAUUUUCGACUGGUUUCUUUGCUGGCUGCACUGCUGCUCUAAUAUUAGCCCUUAUUUUGAUCAUCCGUGCUCGCAAUAUCAUGGAAGACCCAGGGAAAAAUCAGUACAUGGAAAACAUGUUUCCCUUAUAUAUAUUAUUUGCGUUUAUUGUCAUGCACAUGAUCAUGUAUGCUGCAAAUGUGUACUUUUGGAGGAAAUAUAGAGUCAACUACUCUUUCAUAUUUGGAUUCAAACAAGGAACAGAAUUGGGCUACAGAGAAGUUCUGCUUCCCAGUUUCAUUUUGUCUGCUUUAGCUCUCGGCAGUGUUCUUUCAAAUCUCGACAUGGAAAUGGACCCAAAAACAAAAGAUUACAAAGCUCUAACAGAGCUUCUCCCACUCUUGUUGCUUGUGUUAGUUACUGCGAUUAUGAUAUGUCCUUUUAACAUCGUAUAUCGCUCAAGUCGAUUAUUUUUCCUCACCUGCUUGUACCACUUGCUCGUUGCUCCUCUCUACAGGGUAACACUCCCAGAUUUCUUCUUGGCUGAUCAGUUAACGAGUCAGGUUCAAGCUUUAAGAAGUGUCCAAUUCUACAUUUGCUACUACGGUUGGGGUGACUACAAACACAGACAAACCACUUGCAAGGAUCACGAUGUAUACAAAAUUUUUCUUUUUCUUAUUGCUGCUGUCCCGUACAUGUCUCGUCUCCUUCAGUGCCUUCGUCGUUUGUACGAAGAGAAGGACGCAAUGCAAGGUUACAAUGGUAUCAAGUACUUCUUGACAAUCGUGGCAGUAAGUGUCAGAACAGCUCAUAGUAUCAACCAUUCACUGAGUUGGAAAGUUGCUGCCUGGGUGUUUUCAGUCUCGGCGGCCAUUGUUUCAACUUACUGGGACUUGGUCAUCGAUUGGGGCCUUCUUCAGCGUAACUCUAAGAAUCGAUGGCUGAGGGACAAGCUUUUAGUCCCUUACAACAGUGUAUAUUUUGUAGCAAUUGGCAUGAAUGUGUUGUUGCGAUUUGCUUGGCUGCAAACUGUGCUGAAUUUCAAGGUCUCUUUCUUGCAUACACAAACCUUAAUAGCCAUUGUGGCUUUGCUGGAGAUCCUUCGUCGUGGCAUUUGGAAUUUCUUCAGAUUGGAGAAUGAGCAUUUGAACAACGUGGGCAAGUAUCGGGCAUUCAAAUCAGUGCCAUUACCAUUCAACUAUGAUGAAGAUGAGGACAAAGAUGAGUAAAGGGUUUCACAAGUGCGAUAAGGAUCGAGACUAAUAAAAUUCAAAUCAUCUAUGUGUCUACGUCUACAAAUUGGGGCUGAAGAUUUUGACUUCACUUUUGAUUAUACUUUUUUGUUGAUCUUCUCCCCUCCUCUUUUUGGACAUUGGUAGCUCCAAUUACUAUUCUUUCAUUUGAUUUUUCCACUUGUAAAUGUAAAUUUUUAAGCGUUCUUAUAAAAUAAAGUUUUAUUAAUCUUCA